CUGUGGCUCACGACCCGAGAAGCCUUCGUUCGCAACUUUCUCCGCGUGCAAGGAGCAGUAGGUUUUUGCAUGGUGCUGCUUGCGUUCGCAAAGGAUCUGUACAAUGAGGCGGAGGGCGUCCUGCUGAUUGCGUUGCUGUCCACAUUUUUUCGCGUUAUGCUGAAGCUGCCGUACAGUGAGGCACUGUUUCUGCAUGCUGUGCUGCUGUUCUUUUUCCUCGCCCGCCAGCUGGCGGGCUCAGCUGUCCCGCCGGUCAAAAGCAUGGUGUACCCUGCGUACCGCGACCGCCAGUGCAAUGUGCUCCCGGACUUCGUGUGUCGCGUCUUUGACUAUGGAUUGUAAAAAUGUCUGGGUCUGGAAGAUUCUGAUAGUUGUCAUGCACGUUUUGCAUGAGCCACGACGUCGGUGAUGCAUGCCCUAGCAUCACAGAUUUUUUAAGGGCUUCUUGAUGCCUAUUCCGCAUGACAAAUGCCCUCUCCGCGUAGCACAAAUUGCGUUCUCUUUGCUGCUCAUGCAAUACAGAUUUUUUUGGAAUCCACGUUCAGCAUCACAAUUUUCAUUCUUCCAGACCCAGACACUUUUACACUUGAUAUUGACUACAGCUUUACAAUGAUCGGGCUCACGGUUCUGUCCGUGUUCACCCUCUACUAUCGUGAGGAAAAAUCCCCCCUCCCCAUAUCGAAACGAAGUUUCUGAUGCUGGAUUUCCGUACACAAAUCAGAUUUGUCUUGCAGUAGAGGACUGCAGGCAUAUGCCAAGCCUCAGUCGAGAGGUUUUGACGUGGGCGCCUAGCAUGACAAACGUGUAUGCUCUAAGCCCAACAGCAUCACAAACCGCCUGCAAAAUUCGGGGCGCUCUCUGGACUUGCCUUCUUGCAAGACAGACAGGAUUUGAGGUCACAAAUGCGCAUCGCAAAUUUUCAGACGGAUACGCUUCCAAUAUGGGGAGGGGGGAUUUUUCCUUACGAUAUCUACCAACACGAGUUCAGCAACCGUCAGCAGUUUGACCUUCACACCGCCCUCGACCGGGCCGAGAAGCGGUCGCACGAGAUUCUGAAUAACAUUUUGCCUCGGUUCGUUGUGGAGCGCAUGCUGACCCACGAUGCCUCCACGGGUACCGGGGUUCCGGUCAUCGCGGAGGACAUUGGCUUUGUCACAGUGGUCUUCUGCGACAUCCAGAAUUUUUCCGAGCUUGUGUUGCAAAUGGACAUGGACCCCGGGCGUCUCGUCCAGUUACUGGAUACCCUCUUUAAGCGGUACGACGUGCUCUGCGAAACGCAUGGAAUCACCAAGAUCGAAACAGUCGGCGAGACGUUUCUGUCCGCCGGCGGAGUGGAGAUACACUCGGGCGGGGCGGCCUCGCGUGCCUCCUUCCGGCGUCAGGGCCCCAACCGCGGUUUCGGGUUGGCGGCCGCACAUCCAUCCCCGAAAACUGAUGGGCCGACGAGGGCCAGCACACACGCCGAGCUGCAAGAGCAGGACCUGCUGGGGCAGCUGCAACAGGAGCAGGAGCAGCAGGAGGACCUGCGUGCGGCCACGGACGCCUUUCGCAGCCUGCUCUUCGCAUGUGACCAAAUUCGGGUGUCCCGGAGCAUAUUCCUCCGAAACGACCCGGAGACGGGGGAGCCGGAGUUUCUCCAAGUCAAGAUCGGCCUCAACACGGGACGAGUGAUUGCUGGAAUCGUGGGCAGUCGCAAGCCCCAGUACUCCCAGAUACUUAAUUAGCGGCCCUUUCAUAAGUCCGGACAUUUCACUCCUUGCCACAUACCAAAGAUUUUAAAUAUAUAAAUCGGAACGUGUCCAGGAGCUGCGUCUGCAGCUACUCGCUCUUGUGCAGCAGGCGCGCUUCCUUUAGUUCCGUACAACAAAAGAAGCAAGAGGCUUGAUGUUCACAAGGAGCCUACGCUUUAUCAGUGGCGUAGGCUUCUGAAGCAGCUUGCACAGGGAAAUAACGCGACAGAAGAAGUAGAAACAGCCAGCCAAAAAAAGCUCUCGACAGCUUGGAAACUUUAGUCCCCGUCGGCUGCCACCCAAUGCAGUGCGCCGGGCGGCUUUGGUGUUUGUGUUUCCGUAUAAUAAACCACGCAAGUGUGUUGCGCAUUUGCGACGCCUGUUCCUUUGUCUAUCGGCGCCGCAUCUGCAACACCUUGCACAGUGUAGGCAUCAGGAAUACACAAACACGCCAAAACAAGAAGACUGAUAGUCCGUACAUUUCUACAGGCUGUUACUGUGUAGGCGCGCGCAGUGUAGUAAGUAAGCGGGCAGUUCUCGUUCUGGACCUGGAUGCGCCACGCUGCGCUGUACUGACUCAAUACUCAGGUGAGCGCUUCGGAGUGUUACGCGGGGACCGCUGCUCUGCGGGGGGACUGCUGGAUGGAAGCCUAGGAGAAAAAUUUGCGCGGGGAGUAUUGGGGCAUGAAUUUCGAGUAAGCAGCCCUCUGAAACGCACCAAAGCAGUGCGCGCGUACUUAAACGUAGAAAAUAGGUGGACAAGCAGCGUAUAUAGGUUGCAAUGCUCGGGGGCUCGCUGGAUAUAUUGGCACUGUAGGCAAAAUAAAAAAAGCCCGGGUAGGAAAAAUGCAUUUUGCGUUUUUUCCUACCCGGGGUUUUUAUUUUCAAAACCCCGGGUAGGAAAUAUUUAUCCGCUGCUCUGCACGUCUGUGAGGGUGAUAACAGCUGAUAAAUAUUUCCUACCCGGGGUUUUGAAAAUAAAAACCCCGGGUAGGAAAAAGUUCAAAACUCAUAUUUCCUACCCGGGCUUUUUAUUUUCAAAACCUCGUAUAGCCCCUCCGAAAUCUGGGCGGCGCGGCAGCGCCGCGAAAAUUUUUUUUGGUUCGCGGAUGGCUAUGUGAGGUUUUGAAAGCCAAAACCUCGCAUAGCCCCCUCAAAAUUUGGGCGGCGCGGCAGCGCCGUGAAGAAAGUUUUUUGGUUCGCGGAGGGCUAUGUAAGGUUUUGGAAACCAAAACCUUGGAUACCCCCCUCAAAAUUUGGGCGGCGCGGCAGCGCCACGAAGAAGUUUUCUUGUUUUGGUUCGCGGAGGGCUAUGUCAGGUUCCGAAAACCAAAACCCCUUUUAGGGCUCAGGGGGUCGCAUCGGGUAAGUCGCGCCAACGUGCGGGCGCAGGGGCUGCAGCGCUGCAUUUGGUUUCUACCGUGACCGUCAGUGGUGUGGGCCAGAAUGUGAAAAGUCAUUUGACCUAUGACCCUUAUGCAAGGGCCGCUAAUUACGUCAUACAGAGUACGCUCUUUUUGGGGAUACGGUGAACACGGCGAGUCGCAUGAAAAGCAAAUCCGACACGGACAAGAUUCACAUGUCCAAAUCCACGUUUGAUCGCCUUUGCCUCUACAAGCAAGGUCGCGAAAACCUGGAAAAGCGGUUCCACUUUCAGGAGCGCGAACUAGAGGUGAAAGGCAAAGGCAAGAUGAAGACCUAUCUUUUGCAGGGCUUGCGGAACGCAGAUGGCACCGAGACGGAGGACGUGAGCGAUGCGGCUGCGCGGGAGGAAGCGGACCGGUCCUCCGAGGAGGAUCAGGAAAGGCUGUUGCCGUCCGUUGCGAAUGCCAUUGUGCAUUACGAUAAGAUGCAAGGCCUGGUGUGUGUGGAGCCAGACGCCGACGGAAAAUUUCCUCCCGCGCAGAUGUCGACCAGUGCGGGCGCACCGGACAGCGACUUCAGCGUUGGUAGCACCAAGCGCUCGUUGCGGGGCACACUUGCGUGCUGCGCGGGUCGUAGUUUUGCGAGAGGCAGCACAGGCGAAUCCCCGCCGGGCUCUUCCUCCGGGCGUCGUUUCGGACGGCUACCGCGCUGCGGGUUUCGGGUCGGUGACCGUGUGAAGAAGGGAUACCAAUACAUCCUUUCAGAGCGCGCGGAGGGCGGAGUGCGACAGGUGUCUGUUGCGGCCAUCGCCAACAACCACGACCACGGUGGUUUUUCCUCGGGAGCAGGUGGUACUGGUGGUGCCUCUACCUCUUUGCACGUCGGUUCGUUGUCCCGCCAACGGGACGUCGGUCGACGCUUGAACUUUUUGUUGGCGUUUCGGGACUACAAUUUAGAGGAACGGUACCUACGACAUUACUUUGGCGACCGCACGCGCUUCCAGAAUCUACUGAUGUACCUGGCGGUGCUGUGCGUGGCGCAUUUCGUAAAUUCCGCAUUUCUUGUUCUUUUGCCGCAGAACCCAGAACUGGAUGCGCUCAGCCUGGUGGUCUGGCGCGGCGUGGUCUUUGUGGCGAUCUUGCUCACCUUUGCGCGCGUCCGAGACCGCGUGGCCAAUGCCUUCGCUUUUGCUUCCGAAGUCCAGCACCUGCAGCAUGCUAGCAACCAACCCACGGUGCAGGAACGUCGUCGGUCCGACCACCCGCCUGGAAGUCGGCGGACGAUGGGAACCGUGUCCCAUAGUCUAACGGAUUUCGACAGGGAGGCAGGUUGCGGCUCCGGUGCUGUGAACGUGACAGCUGCGUCGUCCCCCAGCUCCCGGAACCGCAUCUCAACCGCAGCCCGCUUGCUGAGCCAGCAGCUCGCCGCUCUGCCGGCUCGUGAGGAUAGUGUGCCAAAUGUUGCACAGAAAAGAUCCACCGCAAUACACUCUGCGUCACUGGCAACAAUGGCUGCGACAACUUCUACCGCGCGUACAAACAAUUUUGGUUUCGCGGUCGUGCCGGCGCGACCGGGUGGUCCUCCUCCCGCGGGCGCGACGCAACCCACGUUCGUGGCAGAGUGUGCCUCUGAAAGUGUUGCCGGCGGUACUUCGCUGGGGAUGGGGUUCGGCGCCCGCCUUUUCGUGCCCGGUGCGGCUUCUCCGAAGAAAGUGUUGCGAUCUCUUGUCACUCGCACAACACGGAUGGCUUUCGACCUCGAGGCUGAUGGACCGACAAACAAAUCACUGCGGAGCUUGGCGACUCGCACGUCCCGGUUCAAUUACGAUUCAGACGAAGUCGUAGAGAUGCCAGAAGGUGACGGGAGUUGUACGAGCCUCUCGACUUCUACACCUCAGCGUUCGUCUUUGACUGUGACAGCAUCCCAGGCAGCCGGGAACCAAGUCGCUCCGCCUUCCGCGCCGGUUGCAUCUGCCGUUUUUGUACAAGGAAAAGAGGUAGGGCUGCUCGCCCCGCAGAAAUAUCAAGAUGAAGCCGCCAAACAGCAGCGGUUCCACGAAUGGUUUGCAGGCACAAGCAGUACCCCACUGACCGGAUUCGCCGAACGCCGGGCAGCUGCGCCCAGGGGCACUGCUUUUAGUUGGAAGGACAAGUUGCUGGACCUCCCGGGCGGCGGACACGCACCGUCUAGCUCCGCAAGCAGUCAACACAAGGGGCUUUUUACCAAUGUGUCGUCUCAGCUAGUUAGUGCCUUUCUUUCCAGCGCUGUGAGACUUUCACCGUUCACGAGCACGACGUCAGCACGGAAUCCUUCCCCAGCUGCACGCCAGGCGCAGCAACAAUCUCCUUCCAGCCAAGGCGCCGAAUGCGGCGCUUCGACAGCACUAAAUAACGGGAAGGGUGGCCCGACGGCGGUGCUGAUUGGCCGCGGGAGUGAAAGCGGAUCCCCUCGGGCCAGCUCCAAGCAGCGGCAGCGCGAACUUGUCGGCCGCAAUCGAAGCAACAGCACCCUGUCAGUGGCUAGUGGGAGCGCCGGGGGCGGUCCGGUGCGGCGUGGCAGUCGCAGCCACGAUGUCGCUCCCGGGUCGGUGGGUGCCGGUGGCGAGGAUAUACUGCUGACUCCAGCGGGGCUGUGGACGUCUUUCGUCGAUGUGGUCAGUCUUUGUUUUAGCGGCGCCUACGAACAGUGGGUUUUUCAACGGGAGUCACGAAACUUUUGGAUUGGGCUACUCCUGUGUGGUUUGUACGGGGCCGGUUUCGUCGCGCACGCCAUGGCUCCGUUGUUCGUUUGCGAGAAACCGAAGGAAGACCAGUGGUUGACGUACGCCUUCCCGUUGGAGCUUUUGCUGUGGAUCGCGUUGCUUACCAAUGGGUCCGGGCUUCCCCUCUAUCCAGUAGUUUUUUGGUGGAGCGUUGUGUUGCUAAUAGCUUUUUUGGUCGUUACGUUUAGUGCGUACGAAGUGAACCCGAGCGACGAGAACUCCGCCGGGACCACAUCCGCGGGGUCCUCCGCGGACCAAUCGCCUGCUCUCGCUCUAACGUGGUAUCGUGUGGAGGUGGCGCAAUUUGUGACGGGAUUUAUGGUCAUGAAUUUCCUGGGAACUUAUUCCCGCGAGAGGUUUUCGCGCCUAGUUUUUGCGAGCUUGUCCGACAUCACGCGUACGGAGAAAAGAUCCGACCAGCUGCUUAAGGAGAUGCUGCCGGCGCUCUUGCUCGUAUGGACUGUGAUAAAUCUUCAUGCAUCAUAACCCCGGUCCGUAAUAUAUGAAAGGGAGAAGCAGUAUAUCGUCAAUCUUUUGCAAGAAGUUUCACAUGAUCCAUACGCAAAUUUGCAUGAUCGGAGCUUCGAAAGCCAGCAAGUUGCUUCCUUCAUGUUGAUCAAUAAAUGCAUCUAGCCCGGCCGCUGGCGUAGUUGCUAUGCAUUGCGUCGAGCAUAUGCAUCGGAAAUAUUCAGCGCCUCACCCUUUUUUAGUGGUACGCGCCGAGGGUUCUUGUUUCUCUUUUGUUCUGAAUAGCUGGAGGAAUUUCGGCUGUCUGGGGGCGCUUCUCUGAAGGUGGUCCGCGAAUAUCACGAGAUGACAUGUCUCUUCGCGGACAUUUCCGGGUUCACUGCGUACUCGCAAAAGGUAACGGCCUUUGAAGUGGUGCAGCUGGUGACGCGGCUCUUUUCUGCCAUCGACGAUCUCAGUCGUCGCGUGGGCGUAUACAAGGUGUGCACCAUCGGCGAUUGCUACGUAGCCACCCUGGAGCCAAGGCAGGACUACACACCUGAGCUCCUGCGCAAGGGCUGCGCCGAUAUGUUCAAAUUCGCGGCGGGCCUCAUCUACCUAGUCGCCGGAGUGCGAGACGAGCUGGAAAUCGCCGGACUCGGCAUGCGCGUCGGCCUCCACCUUGGCACGUUUGUGGGCAUAUCGCACAGAAAACUACUGGCAUGCAAUAUUUGAUCUGAAGGCACUGGAGAUUUAUUAGGCGGAGAAAUGAUUUUCAUGCGUUGUAGCGUACCCCAGCCCUAAUCCUACACUUACUCCCACCCAAGGCUUUUACUCUUCUGGUCGAUUGUGUUCCUUUUUGCAGAUCGAGAUCAAAUUUGACGUGCUGGCAUGUUUUUUGCGAUCCUAUAGAUAGGCGUGAUUGGGCAGAAGAAACUUCGGUACGACAUUUGGGGCGUGGACGUUUUGGUAACAAACAAGAUGGAGUCGUCCGGAAAACCGGGCCAGAUUUGCGCUUCCGAGACGCUUAAAAACUACACAGAUGCGAGCUUUCCGGGUCGCUUUCAAUGGGAACACCACACUUUUGUGGAGGAAUACCAGCUCCACUGCUAUCGGCUCGAGCACGACCGGGGCUUGGAUUGGAGCUCGCCUUGA